AAUGGGACAAGCCUGUUGCAAAAAUCAGCCAGACCAAGUUAGAGGAGGUGGAGCAGCCUCUCAAUACCAAAACUUCGAUGAACAAAGCGUCAUAGAGCAUAAAGAUUAUGAACGGAGGAGAUACAUCUUUUCUAUGAGAGUUCAUAUCCAAAAAUCCAACCUCUUCCAAGAGGGUAGCAUCAAGAGAAUCAGAUUUUUCAUUACUAACGGUGACAUCUUGAUAAAAGACUGGACUGAGGAUUAUAGAACAACUUAUGGAGAGGACUAUAUUUCUCAUAAUUCAUAUCUUGAGUUCAAUCAAAAAUAGAGCUCUUCUUCCACUGAAAGUCACAGCCCAAAUUUUAGAUAGGAAGAAAAAUAUUGUGCAAUGCUUGAGUCAAGAAUUCUCUUUCCUCAAAGCUGCUACUUCCUGCGGCACAGCUAUUCUUGGCACCAAGGAAGAAGAGCAAACUCUUAGGAUUCUCAUGGAUGAGGUUGAGGACUAUAAGCAGUUCAAAGAAGUCCAAAAGCAAUACUCUUACAAAUUAGUUGUAGAAUAUGAUCCGAAGAAAAUUCCCUGAGAAGAUAUUGAAAAGGCUAAAGUUAUCUUCUCUCAAGUCACUGAUAAGGGUGUAAAUGAAAUAUGCUGCAACUAUAUCGAUGAAAGCCUCCAAGAAGGCACUAAUUGGGACUCUAUACGCAUCUCCAAUGACUUGGGUGAUGACACCAAGAUUUUUGAGAUUAACUUCUCAAGCUAUCAACUCAUUGGGAUGAAAAAUUUGGAGAGUAAAUCAAGACUACAAAUUGAGUUGUUUGAUUUCAGAAAUGAGAAAAUUGUAGCGAGGAGUCGUACUUUCCUUCUCAUAGAUCUUGUGAAAACAAUUUCUAGUCCUGAGACAUUAAGGAAGACUACUCUGACUAACAUGGCUAUAAAGCUGAACAAUCUUGCUUCAACCACAAUGACUCCAAAUUUAGUUGAUAAAGACUACUGAAAAUCAUUCGAUUUCACAAUCAUUGGGUUCAAAAAGGUUGAGUCAAUGUCUGUCUUCAAAGUCCUAAGCCAGAGGGAAAUGAAUAUAAUUCCCUUCUACGGACUAGAUUUCUCACAAGCAAACCUGACUUUUGAUGAUGAUAUCUGCCUACACAGGACAAAAGAGGAUAAACCAAAAAUCUACCUAAAAAUAAUGGAAGUGUUUAACAAAUACAUGGGACCCACAUUCCCUGAAUACUGAAUACCUUACGUAUUCGGUUGUAAAGCCUUACCAGGGACCAAGACUUCAGACUGCCUUGCUCUCUCAGGUGAUUACUUCAACCCUGAGGUGUUCAAUGAGAAGAAGAGUCAUGGAGCCAAGAAUACUUUAAAAUAACCAAUACUGAAAGACAGUGAAUAGGAUUGAGUUUGGGCUGCCGCCCAAUCACAAUGCUAUCUUCACCAAAGCUGAGAGUAUCGCGAGGAUGAUCAAAUCGGAGAGACUCAAAGAUUACAUGGUUCAUUUACACAUCACUCCAGGUCUGAUAGAGGAUUACAAACUUUUGGUAGAAAAUAUUACCAAGCGGUCAGAAAAUUAUAGCAGCUCAGAGAGACUCCCUAUGAUCGUAAUAAUCAUUAGACUGAAGCUGCACAACCUUCAGGAAGAAGAUGUAGAUCUUAAGAACUUGCAAAGAGAUGUCCAAAACGCUACUAAAGGGGCUAAGCCUCUUGUGCAUAUUUUUGAUUUUGACUCUAAAUCACCAGACUGGGCAGUUGAGAAGCUUGUCGGAAAAAUGAUGAAUCUAAUAAUCCAGGAUCUACAGCUUUACCUUGAUAGCAACAUCUACGACCUCUGAAAGUCAGUUAUCCAAGAAAGACAGAGCUUAAUGGACGGAAGAGAAUCCUUCUUCGAAAUGACUUUAUCUCCAGAAAACGUAAAGGAAGAAGAAAUAUACAUGGAUAAAGAUAUCUCUAGUAGUCUCAAUAGCGGCAAUGACAGCAGCCAAGAUUUCUUAGAUCACCUACACAUAAUGUUAGACCAUGAAAAGCAAGAUCUCGAGCAUAUUCUUGAAAACAACUGAGAGAACUUUACCAGAGAGCGCUUUGACACGAUGAUAUCUCCUGAAAAGGACACAGAUACAGCCAAGAGGAUCCUUGAAGGAGAAGCUUACACUGAAAGAUCUAACUCAGGAGUAUUCCCUAAAUCAGCACAUAGCAUGUAA